AUGCCGCGAAACCUCGAUAUGGACGGAGAGCAGAAUGUUAUGGAGCCUUGGGAGUUGGUGGUCUUCAAGCUUGUGCUCCAUUUUCUGAAAACGAUGCUGCUGAGAGGCAUCCAGAAGCUAUCGAUCGCAUUUCUUAGCCUAAUGGAAGGCCUUUCGAUGCGAGGAACGGAACAGGACGAUGUGGCAACGUUCGACCAACUGUCGGCCCAUUGGUGGGAACCGAACGGACAGAUGAAGCUGCUGCACAAACUGAACAAACUGCGUGUCCCGAUGGUUGUGGAAGGACUCAUCAAGACGGGCAAACUCGAUCGUAAGCAACGUCACACCACGGACUCGCUGAAAGGUUUAACGAUCCUGGACGUUGGUUGUGGGGGCGGUAUCUACACGGAGGCCCUUGCCAAGCUGCACGCGAAGGUCGUCGGUAUCGAUCCGGCUAAGCACCUCAUCGAGGUGGCGAAGGCUCACGUGGAGAAACAACCCGAGCUCAGGGAACGUUGCCAUUACGAGGAAGUUUCGAUGGAGGAGCACGCGCCGCACCACGUUGGCAAGUACGAUGUGGUCGUUCUGUCCGAAACGAUCGAGCAUGUUGUGGACAAGAGUAUGCUGCUGAAACAUGUUGCUACGGUGUUGAAGCCGGGUGGUUCCGUGUUCGUUACCACCUGGAACAAGUCGACCUGGGCCUGGCUGCUGGCCGUUGUCGUACUCGAGAACAUUAUGAAGCGGCUACCGAGGGGGUCGCAUGACUACGAUAAGUUCAUAUCAAUAGAAGAUCUCGAGGCGAUGCUGGAAGGCUACAAUUGCCGCACGAUCGAGCUUCGCCCGUUCUAUCUGAAAUUCUGGAUGGACGAGUGGAUCUGGGUGCCGUUUACGAAAAUGUCCUACGCGGUACAUGCAAUCAAGGAAUAA